GUAGCUACGGGAAGUAUAAAGGGACAAAUGUAUGUCGUUAACUGAAUGCCGAACAGAACUCUCGGCUAGUCAUUUUCCCCUGAACAUGGCUGCGCACUUGAAAAAGCGAGUUUAUGAGGAAUUUUCUCAAGUUGUCCAGAUUCCCCAGGAGGAAGCUCCAGCCAAGAAGCUGCGUUUGUCCAAACCCAGCAAGUCUGCGGCUUUGCAUAUUGACCUCUGCAAGGCCACCAACUCCACCGAUGCCCUGCAGUACCUGCUGCAGUUUGCGCGCAAGCCCGUUGAGGUGGAGAGCGUGGAGGGUGUGAUCAGGAUCCUGUUGGAGCACUACUACAAGGAGACGGAUAACUCGGUGAGGCUGAAGAUCGCCUCUCUAUUGGGCCUGCUGUCCAAAACUCAGGGCUUCAGACCCGACUGCAUUGUGGACGACGCCAUUAACACGCUCAAUAAUGAGAAGUCCCAUCAGGUCCUCGCCCAGCUGCUGGACACUCUGCUGGUCAUUGGCACGCAACUACCUGAGAGUCCUACAGUCAGACAGAGGCUCAUAGAGAUGGCCUGCAAGCACCUGUCUGAUUCGUAUUUCGGGGUGAGGAACAAGUGUCUGAAGCUCCUUGGAUGUCUCGGCACAGUAGACGCUCCGCUGACCAAAGACAACGAGGGACUAGGCACGUCGCUAGGAGGAGUGAGGGACGUCCAGAGUAUCAUCAGCGACUACUUUGGGGACCAGGACCCCAGAGUUCGCACUGCGGCCAUCAAAGCCAUGCUGCAGCUGCACGAGAGAGGAAUGAAGAUUCAUGAGAUCAUUUAUAACCAGGCCUGCAGGUUGCUGACAGAUGACUACGAGCAGGUCCGCUCGGCGGCGGUGCAGAUGGUGUGGGUGCUCAGUCAGCUGUACCCAGAAAGCAUUGUUCCCAUCCCGUCGUCCAACGAGGAGAUCCGACUUGUCGAUGAUGUGUUUGGAAAGAUCAGUCACAUGGUCAGUGACGGAUCCUGGAUGGUCCGGGUGCAGGCCGCCAAAACGCUGGGCUCGAUACUGCAGGUCAGCCCUCACUUUCUGGAGCAAACGUUGGAUAAGAAGCUGAUGUCGGAUCUCAGAAGGAAGCGCACAGCCCACGAACGGGCCAAGGAACUCUUCACGUCUGGAGAGUUCUCCUCUGGUAGGAAGUGGGCCGACGACGCCCCCAAGGAGAAACUGGACACAAACACCGUCUACCUCAUCGCCUCGGGGGCCUGCGGGGCCUUUGUUCACGGCCUGGAGGACGAGAUGUUUGAGGUCCGUAUUGCGGCAGUGGAGGCGUUGUCCCAGCUUGCUCGCUCGUCUCCCAGCUUCGCCGAAAAGUGUCUGGACUUCCUGGUCGACAUGUUCAACGACGAGAUCGAGGAAGUGAGGCUGCAGUCCAUCCACGUGCUGAGAGAAAUAUCCACCCACAUAACCCUCCGAGAGGACCAACUGGACACUGUGCUGGCUGUGUUGGAGGACUCGUCUCGUGACAUCAGAGAAGCCCUCCACGAGUUAAUCUGUUACACCAACGUCUCCACUAAAGAGUGCAUUCAGCUCGCUCUCCUGGAGCUGCUGAAGAACCUCAACAAGUAUCCCACUGACCGCAACUCCGUCUGGAAGUGUCUGAAGUUCCUGGGUUCCCGUCACCCAACGCUGGUGUUGCCGCUGGUUCCUGAGCUGCUCAGCACGCACCCGUACUUCGACACACCAGAGCCCGACAUGGACGAUCCAGCCUACAUCGCGGUGCUGGUGUUGGUGUUCAACGCUGCCAAGUCGUGUCCCACCAUGCCGGCGCUGUUCUCCGACCACACCUUCAGACACUACGCCUACCUGAGGGACAGUCUGUCUCACCUCGUACCGCCACUGAGAUUGCCAGGCAACGGUCUGGACUUGGUGGACUCGCGUUGUAGUUCGGGGUCUGUGGAAUCUGCUCAGCUCUUUCUACAACAGAGUCUGAACAGGGUCAGCACCAUCCAGAACCUGGAAGCACCCGGAGCCCAGGACCUGCUGAACUUCACGAUUCGAGACCUGAGGCGGCUGGGGGAGCUGCAGACAGAGCUCGCAGGAGCCGCUGAUUUCUGUGCUACAUACUUGCGCUGCCAGCUGCUGCUCAUGAAGGCUCUGCAGGAGAAGCUGUGGAACAUGGCUGUACCUCUCUGCCUCAAACAAAACGUCACGGCCACAGCGGCAGCUCAACAGAUCUUGGAGGAAACCUACAAGCUGGAGUUUCUGUACAGCGGCUUGGAGAGCAGACAGGUGGCCACCAUACAUCAUGUUCGCCUUCAGGCCAAAGCUCUGCAGCUCGUCCUCACUGCUCGCACCAGACAAGGGUUAGAUCCACUCAUCAGCAGCUGUGAGAAGUUUCUGCAGGACAUUGAGUCUUUUCAGAGGCUGUUUCUGGCCGAGCUGCCCCACCUGCAGGACAGCUUUGUGGACAAGCUCUUGGAGCUGAUGCCCCGACUCUCGUCCUGUAAACCGGUGGAGACGGUGAAGAUCCUCCAGACGACUCUGAGACAGAGCGGCCUGCUGCAGCUCAGGCUGCCCGAACAGAUUCAUCGGGCGACGGCCACCAUCAUAGAGCCGACGGGGGAGUCGGACAACCCGCUGAAGUUCACCACGGGUCUGGUGGUGGCGCUGGACAUUGAUGCCACGCUGGAGCACGUCCAGGAUCCCCAGAACAUCGUGAAAGUACAGGUUCUGUACCCAGACGGCCAGAGUCACAUGAUCCAUCCUAAACCUGGAGACUUUAGAAAGCCUGGACCCAACAGACACAGACUCAUCACACAGGUUUACCUCUCACACACCGCGUGGACAGAGCCGUCUCAGAUUGAGGUGCGCCUCCUGCUGGCCUACAGCUCCUCCUCAACCUCCCUCUCCUCCGCUUCGCCGGCCUCCAAGCUGGGCUGGAGCGACAGCAUCGACAGCCUCCCCCAGCCAGAGGCCGCCGUGGAGGGAACCAUUCCGUUCAGCAAGCCCGUCAAAGUCUACAUCAUGCCCAAACCCGCCCGCCGCUGACCAAAACCACACAGAUGAGGCUUUGACUCGUUUCAGCUCUCGCCCGCGACAGUUUCUUGGCCACGCAUUCAUUUUUAGAUUUAGGCCAAGCGUGAGAAUAAUUUAUGGUUAAGUAGAAGGAGGCACGAGAGUGUGUCUUACUCGUGUUGAUUGUAUGGGGAAUAUUUUUGUACUUCACAAUUAGUUUCUGAUAAAGACAAACCCAUGUGAUGGACUUAUUUUCUAAUUUUAUUUUGUGCAGCAAACAAGCAGAAAUACUGAAUUUACAAAAAAUUUGAAAACUGAAAUUUAUUAAAGUGGCUUUAACAUUCCACACAAUUGGCCUGUGAAAUCAAAUGGCCUUGCAUUUUCAAUUUGAUCCAAAAGAAGCAUUUUUAUUUUAUAAUAAAAGAAUCUUGUAUUAGUCCCGCAGUGGGGAAAUGUAUGGGAUUACAGCAGCAUAUCAUGUUCAAUACUUGAAUUGGACAUGAAGAUGUUUCCAGCUAAACUCUAAAUCAGUGUUCUAGUCACGCUGAGAGAAGCAGCUAGAAGGGGCCAGCCAGCUGCACCUGUCCUCCGUCCCUUGUAAGGCCCCCUCGGUUGGUGCAGCCAGGCAAAAGGGUGACCUCAUCAACAGGUGGAGUGGAAGACCCCCCCCACCUUGGCGCCCUGGCCAGCCAGUUUGUUGUAUUCGGCAACGGCCUUCUCCGUCUGCAGGACUCUGACGUCGACGCCUUUCUGCGUCACAAAGUCCAGCGUGGCGGAGGGAACCUGAGGGACGAGACGGCCGCACAAACGGAUCAUGACAGAACACACACACUCCUGUUUCUAUCUGGCCGUCUUCUCGGUACUUGAGCUGUACGCACGGAAACGCUUACGGGGGGCUCUGAGUGCUUCCAAACCUAAACUCCAUACUGUGCCUCAUGGUGGAAAGUAACUGAGCACUUUUACCCAAGUACCGUACCAAAGUACAAUUCUGAUGUACUUUACUCGAAUAUUUCUACAUCACAUAAUCUCAGUUAAAUAUUGCACUUUUUUUACUUCAAUACAUUAAUUUGAAGAUUGUUGUUACUAAUUACUUUGAAGAUCCAUAUUAUUAAUACAAAAUAUAAAACAAAUAAAUAAUGAGUAAGUAAGUAGUUGAGAUAAGCACCUCAACAAUAAGAAAUAAUCUCCACCGUUUCCAGUUUCCGUUUCCAGUUUCAACAUUAAAGUGAUGGCACAUUAAUGCAUCAUUAAUUCAAAUCCAAUAAAGUAAUAUAAAUUAUUCCAAAAUGAGA